UCACAUUUGUUUUGUAUUUACUGGUGUUUCUGGUUCCGGGUGCGCGGUUUGUGAACGUGCAUUGUGCAAAAGAGUGAAAUGAAAUAACCAAAUUUGAAGAAGCACAUUGAAAAGGACGAGUUUCUUCUUUUUGUUUCGGGGGUUGAACUUCUCCCUCGAUCAGAGUUUCAGGAUGGCUGCUGGAGGCAGCACCAACGCCGGGCAAGUCGGUGAUGUGGAGGAAGACGCGUCCCAGCUUCUCUUUCCAAAAGAGUUUGAGAACGCGGAGACGCUGCUGAACUCAGAGGUGCACAUGCUGCUGGAGCAUCGCAAGCAGCAGAACGAGAGCGCAGAGGACGAGCAGGAGCUGUCUGAGGUCUUCAUGAAGACCCUCAACUACACGGCUCGCUUCAGCCGCUUCAAAAACAGGGAGACCAUCGCCAGUGUCCGCAGUCUCCUGCUCCAGAAGAAGCUUCACAAGUUUGAGUUAGCCAGUCUGGCUAAUCUGUGCCCAGAGGCAGCUGAAGAGGCCAAGGCUCUCAUUCCCAGUCUGGAGGGCCGCUUUGAAGACGAGGAGCUCCAGCAGAUCCUGGAUGACAUUCAGACCAAGAGGAGCUUCCAGUAUUAGAGGUGCUUGUGUUGAAGAUAGGCAGGAUAACGCGGUUUUAGAGUUCUGAACAUCAACCAAGCAUCUCUGCUGCUCAGUGGAAACUUGUGCCUGUAGUAAGGCCUGGUCAGUACGAUCUCUGUUGAGAGAUUUUAAUAUAAAAGUUUAUAAGGAUGGACCGGUCCUGUGAAGAACCUCUGCAGUUUCAUUUGAAACCCCAGUGAGGGGAGGAAACACAAAGAGGAGGCUGUGGACAACAUUCCAUCGACUGGAUUUGCAGGUCAAAGAAAUAAAGUGUUCAGUUCA